AUUAUUAGUGUAUUUUUUUAAAAGAAAUCCACUGAAAUAUGUGUCUUUCCCUUUCUCAGGCUAAUCUUUCAUUUCAUAGUUUUUACAGCAAAAAUUAUACUGAUAGAACUUCACAUGUGUGUGUGGAUUGGUACCGGCAAAAUCAAGGUCCUUUUCUUUCCAUGCCUGUGUAGCCAUAAAAUUGUCGUUGAUUUCUUCAUACAUUAGGAGAUAACUGUGAUCAAUAGCUCUUUACAAUUUAUCAGCAUGAUCUAAGAAACAUAGCUUGACUUAAAGCAAACAUUUAGCACAAAGUAAAUAUCUAUUUUGUGGGUAUGUGAGUGCGCACACAUCCGCAUAGGAAACAACAGAAAUAAAUUAUAGGGAGAAUGAAAAGGAAUGUUUUGUUUAAAUCUAGAAGAAAGGAAGUUGCUGAAAAAAAUAGCAGCUGUUCAACAGGAUAUUCCACACGUAGCAGAGAAGUAGAACUGGGAGGGAGGAACAUGUAAAUGUAAUUGGUGAAAAGGUUCAGUGGAUUCAGAUUAGCGUCACUGGUGGAACAGCAGUAUAUUAGUGCCAUUAGCAUUAAAAAGCAUUGCGUACUAUUAACGUUUUGUAUGGAAACAGUAAGAUUUUACCUUUGAAGAAUAUGCUACGUCCAGUUUAGACUGUUUGCAUGAAAAAAUAAGACAGCAGCCUCCUCAAAGAAAUUGCAGGAAGUUUCUCUUCUGUUCCGAUCAUGAAACAUUUUAAUAAAUCUGCGCAACAGUAACUAGGAAAUAAUACAAUAUGAAUACGAAAACAAGAUUGGUUGCAAAAACAGAAGCUUCUUUCGAAGUUAAAGUGCCCUUAUGGUGUUCUGCUCGCCUCAGUUUAGCAAUAUGGGCCUUCUUUGGAUUCUUCCUCUUAUAUGCACUUCGUGUGAAUUUAAGUGUUGCCUUAGUGGACAUGGUAGAACCAAAUACAAGCUUGAACAAGAAUAUCACCUCAAAUGUGUGCCCAGAGCAUUCUUCCACUCCAAUAGCUCCUCAUAAUACUACGGGAAAAAGCUAUCCUUGGGAUGCUGAUAUGCAAGGCUGGAUUCUUGGGUCCUUUUUCUAUGGCUACAUCAUUACUCAGGUUCCUGGGGGAUAUCUGGCACGCCGAUUUGGGGCAAAGCUGCUGCUGGGAUUUGGCAUCUUGGGUACUGCUGUUUUCACCUUGUUCACACCGUUAGCAGCAGAUCUAGGAGCUGGGUUCCUCAUAGCAGUCAGAGUUUUGGAAGGUCUAGGCGAGGGUGUAACGUUCCCAGCCAUGCAUGCAAUGUGGUCUAAUUGGGCUCCUCCAUUAGAACGCAGUAAACUCCUUAGUAUUUCAUAUGCAGGUGCACAGCUAGGAACAGUUGUCUCACUUCCCUUGUCUGGUAUAAUAUGCUUUUAUGUAGAUUGGAGUUAUGUAUUCUAUAUAUUUGGUACCUUAGGUGUGUUGUGGUUCCUCUUCUGGAUAUGUAUUGUUAGUGAUACACCUGAAACUCACAGGACAAUUUCCACUGCUGAAAAAGAAUAUAUUCUCUCUUCCCUUUCACAACAGCUUUCUACCCAAAAAUCUGUGCCUUGGAAAGCCAUGUUGAAAUCUGUUCCACUGUGGGCCAUUGUUGUUGCACACUUUUCUUAUAAUUGGACAUUCUACACUCUCCUUACCCUGCUGCCUACAUACAUGAAGGAGAUUUUGAGAUUUGAUGUGCAGGAGAAUGGAUUCUUAUCUGCACUUCCUUAUUUUGGUUGCUGGGUUUGUAUAAUUGUGUGUGGUCAGUUUGCGGACUAUUUACGGGAAAAGAAAAAUAUGUCGACAGUCUGUGUUCGCAAAACAUUUACAGCAAUAGGAAUGGUUGGGCCUGCAGUAUUCCUCAUGGCGGCUGGAUUUAUUGGUUGCAAUUAUGAAGUGGCAGUUGUAUUUUUAACCAUAUCAACAACACUUGGAGGGUUUUCCACGUCAGGUUACAGUAUCAACCAUUUGGAUAUUGCACCAUCCUAUGCUGGCAUCCUCCUUGGAAUCACAAAUUCAUUUGGUACUAUUCCCGGAAUGGUAGGACCACUGGUUGCUAAGGCUCUGACUCAUAGUAACACUAUAGAAGAAUGGCGGAAUGUGUUUUAUAUUGCUUCUGCCCUUAACUUAUUUGGAGCUAUUUUCUUUGCAUUGUUCAGCAGUGGAGAGGUGCAAAACUGGGCACUCAAUGGUUACCAUAUACAUAGGAACUAAAGGAAUUCUGGAGAGAAUGACAAAGCAUUACAAUUACAUCACUCUGAAUGCCUUUUAUGGGGAUCUCAGUUAAACUAACAGAGUUCCUUUCCUGGAAUUGUAAAGACAUUUUACAUUUUUAAUAUGCUGAUUUUUGUAUUAAACUGGGAUCUAAUCCAACAGACUUUCAUUUGGUAAAUAUAUGAAGAUGUGCCAUAUUUUAAUCUAUGUUAUCUACUUUUUAAAUAUUUAUUUAUAAAAUCAAUGGAAUAUGAGUGAUUAUUAAAAUGCAGUAAGUUGUAAUGAAUGGAUAAUGUAUAAAAUGAAAUGCAGAAUGUUUGUGUUGCCUCAAGAGUGAAGUUUGUUAGAAUUGUUACUAUUUUACUUGUAUUUUUCAUGUCGUAUUAAUUUAAACAAGUGGAAAUUAAAUGUUCUUUUAAAAUGUACAUGUUUCCCAAUAAAUCUAUUAUGAAGUUUCCACAAAUCAAGGAAGCCACACCCUGAUGAUUCAGGAACAGAAGCCCAUAUCCUCAGCUGUUUUCUGUCAGAAAAAAGUUUGAAAGCAUGGCAUUUCACUUUCAUCUCAUUCUUACUUCAAUUCCUGUAUUAGAAUUGAAAAGUAACCCCCUUUAUUCAAAUAAAGAUCACCGAAGCAGACUAAUAGUUGUGGGCAGCAAAGAUGCUUAAUUGUAAUUGAGGGUGAACAAAUAGCCAAUCACUCAGGCUCUCUUCAGAUAUUUGAUGUGCCCAUGUACAUUAAAAACUUUUAGACUACUAUUAAUACCUCACUUGUACCAAUCUAUACUGCAAUAAGCAUUACGUCAAUUUGUAUUAUAUCAUCAAGAACAUCUAUAUAGCAGGUGUAUCACACCUUUUUCAUCGAAACAGUUCUCUUAAACUGUGUUUUUGAGAUUAGUGCAUUAGGAGGAGACUUCCUUGCACCUAUUCUAAGAAAUCUAGAAAUAUUAGGAACUCUUAACUAGUUAGAGAAAAAAUAUUAGGAAUGGUAGAUAACUUAGACUAUAUACAGAAUAUUGUAGGAUUAACUAAUCAAAUUUAAUAAUGAGUAACUAUCCACACAAUUAUAUAAUGAAAAUCAAAACUGAAAUAAUAUCCAAAACAAGGGAUAAUUGUACAGGCUUCCUUUGUGUGACAUUGUGAGUUUAAAUGAUGUAGUAGACUAUAAAGCUUGAGACUGAAACCAUGUACUUCAAUUGUCAAGAUUCAAGUAUUAUGAAAAGUACAAUAUUUUUAAAGAUGAAAAAAGAUCUCACGAAGCUUUCCAAAACUAACAUAAACCUGACACAAGAUACACACUGCUGCGUUCUGGCCUUUCCAAAGCAAAAUAUCACA